AUGUUCUCCUUCGCCAUUCACGUCUGCAGCGUCUUGCUCGCACUUUCCAGGUUGGUCCAUGGUCUCCCCAAGAUCCUGGAGGACCCUGAAGCUGCCGGUCCACCCAGCGGCUACAGCAUCGUUCCCAUCGAGUGGGACGUGCCCAUCGACCUCAACACCCCCGGCAGUGCCACUGUUCACCUGAGCGGUACCAUCCAGGACGUCGUGGAGCAGCAUUGCGGCUGGUGCCUUGGAGAUCUACAACCAAUGCCGAUGGCCAGGUAUCGACAUGUGUGGUGGGACCAUCUUUUACAAGGAUGA